CGGGUAGCCAUCAUAGAACGCAAGAUAAUUGACAGAUGCCUGAAUCUCGCUUACGACAUUUUCAAGAUAAAGCGCAUAUAUACAAGUUCCGAACAACAACGUUCGGACCGUCGGUUUACCGAGCAAUAUCACCCGCUCGGUGGAAGAUCUUCCCUUUGUCGUCUAAUCCCCCCCAAAAUACGAUAGAGUAGAAAUCGUAAGGAUCGUUAUUUCAGCCGUUUGGUUAGAGAACCUAGUGCUUAGAAUUCAGUACUGUUUCACAUUGAACACAUUUGAACAGUAAUUAAUAUUAAAAGUAAGUACAGAGCAUACAGCAUUUAAAACUACGAAUUCACUUGGGUUUUAUUUAGUUCUCGUUAAAAGCCAAGGACUGUGAUCGAUGAGUAAUCUGAAUUGUUAUUAUUUCAUUAAACCUAUGCCAAUCCUAUAUACGAUAUCCAUCUUGCCAUAUACGUAUUGUGACGAGCAUUAAGUAACAUAAUAUAAUACGACUAGACCACCCAGACCAAUAGCAAUUAGUUAUUUUUAGGUUUAAGUUAUACGGCGUAAUAAAUACAAACCAAGCUAUUUUUUUAAAAUUAAUUCCGAAAAGUUUUUACAACGUUUUGCUGUAUUAACAUGGCAUUAAUUGAUGUCAUAAUUAGACUGGCAGUAUACGAAUUAUUUAAUGAGUAAACAUGUAACUUACGUGGUAUGAUUGUGCAUCUCUGUCGCUCGUGAAGCUGAGUGAGAUAGUGGAGACUACGGAGGUCUCUCUUGUACAAUCAUGACGCAAUAAUGCUUACGCGCAUAGCCGACGAGUGCAUUCACUCUUAAGCGUGUCUCUCGCUUACAACGCACAACAACUUAGAUACAUAUAAUUUGUAAAACUUAGAAAUAUUUAAGGGUGUGUGAUAUUAUUAAAACAAGAUACGAGUGUUGUGUUCUACAAUAUAACUCAAGACUUAAACCUCUGUUCGAAGGUUAAUUUCAUCACUGACAAUGGACGCGACGAGUAAGUAAAAUACGUUUAGUAGUAGGCAUAGAAGUAGUACGUAUACUAAAUGUUGAAUCUUUUUAAAUCAUUGUAAGAAAUACGUACCUACCGCUUUAGCUCAUAAUGUUUUGUCUUUGUGAAAUCUUAAGCUUUCUAAUAGCAUUACUUUGUUUGUUAUUGGUUGUUCUGUCUCUUUUAUUUCUACAUCACCUUGCGAAUAAUUAACCAUAAACACAAUCUAAUGAUUUAAGUUCACCUAUCUGAUUAUAAUAUAAUAUCGUUCUCCUCAUUAUUUUUCUUCGCAACGAUGUUGAAGGCUGUUUAAUAAAGAAUUUCAUUAAAAUAUUUUGUCGUCCGAAGCAAGGUUCAGAUUCAAGUUGAUCUACCCGCUAAAAUUUGAAAUAACAUUGAAAGUAGUUGAAAUGUACUUGAAAUCAUGUUUGUUGAUUGCUCUUAGUUGUACAGAAAAGUGGAUUAACAAAAAUUAUCGCCUCUGGCCCUUCUCUCCGUAGUUAAACGUUUUACCAAUUUUUAUGUCUAAUUUGAAAUGUUUUAAAUAAAUUUUUUCGUCGGGAGCGGCCAGUUAGUUUUUGUGUGAUAUUCAAAAGAAAUAAUAAACGAAUAUCCAAGCCCAUAAACAAAUAACAAAUGAUUUAUUUGUACGAUUGUUGCACAUAUUUCUUUAUUAUCUUCUCAAAUCUUCUGCAUUAUAAUAAAAAAAUAUCUGUCCCUUUUUUACGCCUUGCUCAUUCAAUCGUCUUUGCCAUCCUUUCUCUGUCAAGUGUCAUUUCUGCUCUGUUUGUCAUUCUCUUUUCCCUUUCUUACCGUUUUCUCUCAGUCACAUCGUAGCGCUCUGUUCAUACUCUUUUAUACGUUCCAUUCUUACAAAUCCUACAUAAAAAUAUGUUUCGUAAAAGAGGACGAUUCUAAUUGAACAAAAUGUCUACCCUAAAUUAUUCACUAAAUGUCGUAAAUAAGUGCAUAUUAUAUGGAUUAUUAAAAAAAUAUGCACAUUAAUAUUACAACCAUGACAUAAUUCAAGAGAGUAUUGAUCAAAUGACCAUAAAGUAUUCGCAUGCUCGUAGUAGGCACCAUGAACGGCGAGGAAGACGCCAUCGUCAACGCAGACAUAACCAACAGCCUCACAGCAAUGUACCAGAGCAACCCUCAAACUGUGUACCGUUCCACGAACGCGAAUUCGUGGAAAAUAAAAUGGGAUUACCGCCACCAUAUGAACAAUCGGUACCGAAUCCAGCUCCGCCUCCUUCGUACUUUGGCAAUAAUCCACCACCGCCUGCCGGUUUCGUUGCUCCCGAAGCACCUCCGCGUACUACAGUGAUAACAUCACCCCAAGCACCGGCAGGACCACCAGGAAAGCUAGGCCCAGGGCCAACGGGCACUACGUGUCAAACGUGCAACAAAACAGUAGUCACCAGAGUGGACUAUGUUCCAAAUAACAGAACACACAUUAUAUCGGCAGCUCUCUGUAUUUUAGCUGGAUGCUGUUGCGGGUGUUUCGUUCCGUAUUGCAUGAGAUCGUGUAAAACAGCCAAUCAUUACUGUCCUCAAUGUAAAGCAUUCGUCGGUGCUUUCACCCCAUCUUAGAUUUAUUUGGCAAAAAAUAUUCCUAGAUCAUUAUUCCGUAACACUUGUAAGCUAGUUAAAUAUUUUCAUAUUGUCCUCGAAAUACAAGUUAAUUUUUGUAGGAUUUUGAUCUCGUUGAUUUGAAAAUAAAAGAUUUAAAGGUACGUUGUUAAAAACAAACAAGCUACUAAAGUUUGGCGGAUGUUUUUCUUCAUUUCCAAUAUCAUCGUAAAUAAGUUGGGUGCAAAUUAACUUUAUGCAAAUGUAAUUUAGAAAUAUGUAUUUUAAUUUUCGCACGUACACGUAUAGCAAGGCGUGCUGUGAACUACGACAAUAACCUAAGAGCAGGUGGCUUUUGAGUGAUCUAUACUGGCAAAAGUAUCAAAUUCCGUGACCGAAUUUUUUUCUUUCAAACUUAAAACAAAUAAUAAUUUUCGGGAACACGUCAAGGAACGAAUAUUAUAUGAAAUGAAUGAAAUGAUAUGAAUAUUACAACACUACUAUUUAACAGUGAGGUCCUCAUAUAGCCAAUUAAAUUUUAUUCUAUUAUUUAAUGCGUGGUUACGAAUUAUCAUUAUUGUAGCGGUCGAAUUUUAUUUUAUUUAAAAGUAAGUAAAUUAUACCUUAGCCUUUAAUGGUUGGUUGGUUGGUUCAACGAAGAGGGAAUUAAUUGAAAUAAGAAUAAAAUUAAUGUAACAUUAUAAUAAUCCAUUAGUUAAGCGUUUGUUUAUUAUCUGUGAUACUAUUUCUCAGACAAUGUAAUUUUGUAACGGUCAUUUUAAAUAGAAUUUUUAGAUUUAUACAGAAUAAAUACAUUUGUUUAAAA